CUCUAUUCUCCCCUCCCCCAUUUAUACAGCUCUCGAGAAACUGUGGCUACGGUCUCACCUUUGAUGAGUCUUCUUCGGUCGAUGCCGGACGGUUAGUGCAGCCUUUUUCUAAGCAUCCCAGCCCCAGCGAAACCGGUAAAAGCGAGCGGUUCGGACUCGCUCUGGUUUUUGUGUGUUUUGUUUUUAUCGUCCCCGGAAUCGGAACCGAACUGUGAAUCCGGCAGAGUUCUAGCGAAACGAGAUAUAUUUAUAUACAUCCCCGUAACGGACACAACAGGGUCUGUUAACGCUUUAAACCCGAGCGACCAGCGACAAAGCACAAAAGCUUGCCACCGGAGCAGCAGCAGCGUGUCACGAUGGGUGAAACCGACGAGAAGGAAACCGCACCGGCGGCAACGACAAACGAUACGACCAAACCGGAAACGCCGCAACCAACCGCCGACGGGCCCGAGGUAGAGGCGAAGGAGACGGAAAAGCUGCUGCCGGAGCCGGAACCGAAACGUUCGCCCGUCGCGCAGGCAGGAAACCCCCAAUCGAAGGCAGCGAGCAGUGAGAAUGUGGCCAAUGGGGAGGAAAUCAUCAACAUACCGGAGGAGGCACUAGCAGAUGGGGCGGACAAGGACGGUAAGAAGGACGCCGCCGCGACGGAGCAAGAACCGACCGAAACUGGCAAGCCGGACAAACCGAACAAGGUGCAGGCGGAGGAGCGCGAGGUGAAGCCGAAGAAGGUGCCGGCCGGUGCGUUCAAGCUGCCCGGCUUCUUCAACAAGAACAAGGACAAACCGAAGGAGGCGGACGGCGCGGACAACGAGCUGCUGGAGAAGCACGGCGGUGAGAAUGGCGGAGAGGCUAAGGAGAAGGCGGCAGCCGAGGAGGGUAAGCCGGGCGAGGAGAAACCGAAGCGCACCGGUGGGUUCUUUGCCAACCUGAAGCUGCGCAAUCCAUUCGCCAAGAAACCGGCCGCGACGGACGCGACCGGAGAAGCGGCUGCGGACAAGGAGGCAGGUGAAGAGGAGGAAAAGGAUGAGGUGACGGCCGAAGCAACGGAUAAGCCGGCAGACGCGGAAGCAGCCGGAGAUGCGGCGGAAGAGAAGAAACCGGCGGCAGAAGGCGACGAACCCGAAGUACAGGCACCGAAGAAGGGAUUGCUGGAGGCGCUGCGCGUUCCGCUCGCGAGCAUCAUCCCCAAACGAUUCAAACCGGUGUCAGGCGGCGAACCCGACGAUGACAUUGAGCUGGGCAAAACGCCGAAGAACCGGGCCGGACUGGCGUCGAUGGAAACGCUGGACGAUUCGCUGAAGGAUGCGGACACGAAGGACACGGUGGAUGCGAAGGGAGCGAAUGGAACGGACGGUGAGGCGCUGGUGAAGCCGGACGAUAAGGAGGCGAAGGAUAAGGCGGCCGAAGCGGAGGAGGACGCACAGGAGCGUAGUUUGCUGCAGCGGGUGCAGUCCUACCGGUGCUCAGUUGAUGACAUCGCCAUCAUUGCCGGUGUGGUAAUCUUCCUGAUCCUGGUCGCACUGAUCAUUGCCUUCACGUUCGUGGGUAAGAGUGAACCAAUCACCGCGCCCGUGCGCGACGGCAAGUACAUCGAAACCGUGACAAACUGUGGCCGCGUCGAGGGCAUACUGGAGGAUGGGUCGUUCGCGUUCCGUGGCAUCCCGUACGCGGUACCCCCGGUCGGUCCAAACCGCUGGAAGGCGGCCCAACCGAUCGAAAGCAUCGAAAACUGCUGGAACGGUACGCUGAAGGCACACAACUCGACGCCCGUCUGCUGGCAGAUCUACGCCGACGGUAAGGUGGACGGUGCCGAGGACUGUCUCACGCUGGACGUCAUCACACCGCACGUACGGUACGACAAUCCGCUGCCAGUGGUGGUGCUGGUCGGUGCCGAAUCGUUCACCGGUGACUCACCCGGCAAGUUGCGCCCAUCGACACGCUACGCCCGCGCACGCGAUGUCAUCUUCGUGCGGCCCAACUUCCGGCUCAAUGUGUUUGGUUUUCUCGCGCUCGAGCAGCUCACGAAGAGCACUCACCCACCGACCUCGGGCAAUUACGGGUUGACCGAUCUGAUCGUCGCGCUCAAGUGGAUUCAGCUGAACAUCCCGCACUUUGGCGGUGAUCCCAAGUCGGUGACGCUGUUCGGACAUCGGGCCGGCGGUACGAUCGUGACGGCGCUGGCCUCGUCCAACAAGACGAGCAAGCUGUUUGCCCGCACCUGGAUCUCGUCCGGUGCCGCCAUCUUCCCGGGCAACCCGCUGGCCGAAUCGGAGAAGGAGAACGCGCUGUACAUGAGCAAGAUUCGCUGCGAGGAUAGCAACUGUCUGAUGGAGAAGGAGGAUGAGGAGAUUCUGGACGCGGUGCCGGACGUGUGGCGUCGUACGUUCCCCGAUCUGCCGGCCGCGGACGAGAAUGCAACGGCCCGGCACGAGUGGCUGGUGCUGGACGGUAACAUCAUGCAGCAGCAUCCGGCCGACGUGUGGAGUGCGGACGUGUCGAACAACGUGCGGUACGUGAUCGGGUCGACGACGCACGAAGCGCACAACACGAAGCUGCACCUGAAGUACACCGAGUGGACGCCGGAGCUGGUGACGCGCCACGUCAACGAGAGUGUGGUGGGCCGGUUGGGCCUUACGGAGGAAGCGCUGCGUCGGUACAACGCAACAUACCAAGGGCUGGUGGCGAUGGUGUCCGACAUCCGCACGAUCUGUCCCCUGCUGACGAUCACGCAGAAGCUGCAGAGCUCCCAGUUUUACGUCGUGUCGCAGACGGGCGGUGAGCUGGGCAUUGCCGACGUCGACUCGGACGUGCAGGCCAUCCUGGGCCGGUACGAGCCGAAGACGCCCGAGCAGCGGCGGUAUGUGUCCGCGAUCCAGCAGCUGUUCUACCAUUACGUCUCGCACGGUGAGAUCAAGCACGAGCUGCGGAAAAAGCUGCUCGACAUUGGGCAGGAUGCGCUGCCCACGUACAACACCGACAACUGCCUGUUCUGGAUCAAGAACGAUGUUGUGCCGCGUUACGCACGGUUAGAUUAAGGCGAAAGGCACCUGAUGGGCGUGUAAGCUGACCAAAAAACAUAAAGAAUCAACGACUAAAUGCGGUAUUGCGGGAAGAUUACACUGUCAUGCUGUCUUUUUGUACUACGGACUGGAUGGCAAUUUUUUUGGAGCGUACGAGACGGAACAGUUCUGCUCGCAGAUAAGACAGAAACUCCCGCGGAUAUUAUGAACUCUAUACAAUCUUUGAGACGCCAGAUGACCAGUUAUACACUACUAUACAGUUAUACAAGUAUAAUAAUAAUCGUGUAGUCGAGAUCAUAUGAGACCAGACCAGGUGCUGUGUCAGUAUUGCGGUGGGCGCGCACGCGUUACAGUAACUUACUUGCCAAAAGCGGGUCCACCAAUCCAGCAUCCGAUCCAGCUCAAACAAAUGAAGGUUAAUUGUACCGUGGAGCGAGUUUCCAUCGCAACGGAUUGCCACUUUUUUCGUGACAGUGUUUAAUAGGUAGCGCUUCUUUUUUUGUAGCAGCUAGAUAGCAGAUGGUAAUUCCAUUUUUCUAUUACCACCUUUGACGAGGGCAUUAGUAUAGCACACUUUGUACGUGCGUCCUUCUCCCCUCAACCCUAUGAGCUAAAGCGUUUAUAGUGAAGGAGCAGUAAGCGGGCAAAUUUUGAUAAAAAACAUUUUUCUCCCCCCAUAUGAUAUCUUGUGGCGUUCCACUGAUAAGGAAAUUAGUUGUAGCUGUGUUAGUUGUGGUAAGCGACAGUAUUCUAAACCGUGGAUGUUGUUACACCUAUCACCAACAACAGACUCUUCUCAUCCAUUAGAACACACCUUUCAUAUACCUCCCGAUGAUCACUCAACGAUCGUUCGAGGAACUACUGCUCGUAGCUUUCAAAACAUUGAAUUCAGACAAAUUACGCUUUUAAAAUAAUGUUCUACUCAAUCUCCGCUCUGUUAUGUUCGUACAUUCGGUAUUAGGCAUAUAAGAGCAAUCGCUUCGCGCGCAGAACCGGGUUUGACAAGCCUGGCAACAUUCGUUUCGUUUCCCUUCUCUCUCUAUCGCUUUGAGUAUAAUUUAUUUCGUUUUAGUACUAGUACUAGAAUAUGUUUCCUUUUAUCAUCCUACCCUACCCCACCCCACACACUUACAUAGCUUCGCCAAUUGCUUACAACACAACAAAAAC